AUGGCCUCGUCCUUCAACGCGACCUCCCAUCGCUUCAGAGCCUUCUGUGAUACCAACACCGAUGCCCCCGCCGCCCGCCGCACUGACACGCGCUCUGACCGCAUUCCGGACGCCGUCGACACCAUCCCAACUGUAGCCAAUGAGACUGGCCACUCGGCUGGCGACAUGAAAUUGCAAUGUUGCUGUGGCAGAUCAGAAUGCAUUUACUUGGAGCACAACAACACCCUCCUCGGUGGCAUAGAGAAGGACCUGGAGACUGCCGCUCGACUAGGACAGGCCUUACUCACUCGCCAUGAGUCCUACGUCAACGAGUCGCAGCUCGAACAUGAGAGGCUUACCCUCUACAUCAACGAACUCGAGAAGGAGAGAACAUGUCUACAAACGACCAACGAAAGGAUUGCAGUCGAGAACCGCGAGUUACGGACCCAGUUAGACGCCGCCAACACAUCUUUGAAGGAUAGCGACAACCAUGUCAAAAGCCUCGAGGCCUUGCUGCGGGACAGCGAAUCGGAGAUUCGAAGGUUGAAUGGUCUCACCCGACGGGCGGAAGAACUCGAGCUGAAGAUACUGGACAUGGAGAAAGAUCAGAUGAAACUGUCCCAGCGUGCAGACGAUUUUAGUGAGGAAACUCGAAGCACCAUCCGAAGGUGGAAAGAGAGCGAGAUCAAAGUUAGACAGCUCGAGUCCGACGUCGAAAGGAUUGAAUGGGAGGCUAAGCAAGAGAGGGAGCGGCACGAAGAGAUCGUUGCAAGGCUUGAACGUGAACGGGUCCUUGAAAGGGAACUUGGUGGCGCUGAAGGCAGGCUCAAGGGAGCGGCCGCUUUGCAAGGUCUCAAGGGGGGCGUGUCAGGCACCAAUGUCGUCAGCCAUUUUGUUCGCGACAUCCUCCAAGACAACGCAAACCUGCAGGCCGGUAUCGCAGAGCUACGGGAAUUGCUUCAAGCGUCAAACGAUGAAGUGCAGAGCUUGAGAGAGCAGAUCAUGCAGCAUCAGCCGAUUGAGAGCGACAACAUCGCAGACGAUGGAACUCCAUCACGUCCUCUAAGCCAGCAGCUUGGCUGGCAGCAACCCUCUCCAAAGCAAGUACAACAGGAAGUUCACGUCCAUCACCAUUACCACGCAAAGAUUGCCGCCAAGAGGGGCGGAACGUCCACCGUCCGCAAACCUGCACGCAGGCGAGCAGUCAUGGGCAUCAGCACACUUCCUGCAACUCCAGAAUCAUCGACGCCUUCCACACCACUGUCUGGCCCACAGCGUGUGGUCUCCAGCCCUGUGCUGCCUAUUGCGCUACAUUUCCCACAAGCCCGUCGUGCUCGUUGGUCCGUGCAAUCGGCUGCAACGACGUCGUCGGCAAUCUCCAGCUUUGCCAGUUCGCCGCGUUCGUAUUUCGACCACAGCAGUUCUAUCUUUGAUCGCUUCGAGGCCGGUGACGAAUCAUCGAGGCCAACGAGUCCAGAAUCUGCCACCGGCUUUCUUAGUCCAAGGAUCCUGUCGGGUUGUCGAGAUGUGGAGGUUGGCGACUGCUUGACUGAUUUACCGGAAGACGAGGAAGCAGUCGGGGAUGACCAGCCACAAGAAGCCGACUUUCAUGCACCUUCAGAUCGUGUGGAAGACCAUUCUCCAGAACCUGGCGGCUUCGAUUCGAGCCAAUCGGAUUCUCAUGACCUUACGCCGAAGCCUUCUCAAGUGCUCGUUACCGACGGCGAGCGACAAGGCUAUAUGAAUUUGGUUCCGUCUGAUGAUUACCCCCAAACUCCAUCAGCACCCCCGGAAGAAGAGUCUGAGACAGUCUCUGUACUUCCAGCUACAGAUCAAGAGGCCGAAGCAGUUACCUCGAGCCCAUGUCAUGACCAGACUCGAACAGAUGAAGUGCCCAGGCCCAACUCUUCUUAUGGCUUCGAUGAUAUGGCUGAGGCGGCGUUCCAACCGCGCUUGCGUCGGACGGGAUCCCAUGAAUCUCUAGUCUCGAUAUCUGGAAUGGAUAUACAUCUCGCGAAACGACCGACAACCUCGGGCUCGCGUCCGUCAACUCUUCUGAAGGGCAAUAAAGCGUACUUUGCCAUGUCACCAUCGGCUGCACGGACAUUUUCUGCUGCGCCUCUCACCACCGUGACCGAGUUCACUGCCAUAAGUUCCACCAGGUCGACUUCCAGUCCGGUCAUCCCUGGACGGAAAUGGACAGAUAAUACCAGUUCUGCGAAGUCACCUUCUCCGUCCGACAAGAAUGCCACUAGUGUGAGUGUGGAACUCUUGAGCGGCCUUGCUGGCUUACCCACGGUGAUGUCACCGACAGAACGACAACCGUCUUCUGGCGGCGGUGGACUAGGUCGCCUGGUCGGCAGCUGGGUGAAGGGCAAAUGGGGGAUCGCGCCCAUGAAGUCCAGUGAAGACAUGAGACCGUCAACGUCAGUAUCAAACGGAUCAUCGAAUGCACAGUCUUCCACAACAGAGGAGCACCCGCUAUUGCCGUUCCAAUGGCCCGGUGGAAGGCCUCCAGGAAUUAAUCAAAAAGGAGCUAUUCCGGGCUUUCCUCGACCAGCUCGGAGACCUCCCGCUGGUACAGGGGUGCAAGUGAAGAUGGUGGAUGCCGAUGGCCUAAGGGAGAUCCUGGCAGAGGCCGAUCAUUCGGGUCAUUGA